AUGUCACUCAGAUUAAAAGGGCCAAGGAGUCAAAAUGUUACUGGCCGCGUUGAAGUAUUCUACAAUGGAGUUUGGGGAACCAUAUGUGAUGAUACAUGGGAUUCCAUGGAUGCAAGGGUUGUGUGUCGUCAACUUGGCUAUCCAGGUGGUAGGGCCUUUCAAGGCAGCCAGGUUCCUUCUGGUUCUGGACGGAUAUGGCUGGAUGACGUUGCUUGUACAGGAACAGAACGGAAUAUAGCAAAUUGCUCUCAUCGUGGUUGGGGUGUUCAUGAUUGCAGGCAUUCCGAAGAUGCCGGAGUUGAAUGUAAUACCACAGGAUAUUACACGGUUGCCAGUGAAUCUGGAUUUUAUGUUCGAGUGGCAAAAACAAUAUCUCACGAGGUACAAAGAGCAUCAGGUGCAAGUCUUAUUGGUCGUAUUGAGGUUUUCUAUUAUGGAGCUUGGGGAACUAUCUGUGGCGAUGCAUGGGACACGAGAGAUGCUAGGGUUGUAUGUCAUCAACUUGGUUAUCGAGAUGGUAGGGCCCUUCAUGGGAGCCAGAUUCGAUCUGGUUCAGGACAGAUAUGGUUAGAUGACGUCGAUUGUACGGGAGCAGAGGGAAGUGUUGCAAGAUGUUCCCAUAGAGGAUGGGGUGUUCAUGAUUGCUCACAUAAUAGCGACGCCGGAGUUGAAUGUAGUACAAAAGAUAAGAGUAAUAAAAGCACCCAAAAAACCUACCGCACAUUUAAUAAUCUUGCACAUUUUAUUACAGCUUUAACCAAGAUACUCCGGUUACAAGGACCAUUAAGUAAAGAUGGUAUUGGACGUGUUGAAGUAUUUCACAAUGGAAGUUGGGGAACAAUUUGUGAUGAUUACUGGGAUUUUAAAGAUGCUAGGGUUGUAUGUCGACAACUUGGUUAUCCAGAUGCUUUAAACUACUUUAAAAAAGGGAGCUCGAGCCAUGUUCUUCCUGGUUCUGGACAGAUAUGGUUGGAUGAUGUUCGUUGUACUGGAAAAGAACAAGGAAUAGCAAGUUGCUCUCAUCGUCGUUGGGGUGUUCAUAAUUGCGUACAUUCCGAAGAUGCCGGAGUGGAGUGCAAAGGAACAGGUACAAGUUAUCGGAUAAAUCGAUAUUGGUAAUCGUUUUUAAAAGUAGGAAAAUUUGCCGGUAUUGAAAUUUUAAUGUUCGAUAAGCUUCUGUUAUAAAUU